GUGACCCGAGCGGAGAGGCCUGGGCGUGGCCUGAGCGUGGACAGUCAGCGCACGCGCUCAUCUAGCUCACUGCAGCUGCAGCCCGGAGGCACCUAGAUUAUGUCGGCCCCGUUUGAGGAGCGCAGUGGGGUGGUUCCAUGCGGGACACCGUGGGGCCAGUGGUACCAGACCUUGGAGGAGGUGUUCAUUGAAGUUCAGGUGCCCCCAGGCACUCGCGCCCAGGAUAUCCGGUGUGAUCUGCAGAGCCGGCACGUGUCCCUGGCGGGCAAGCUCUUUGAUUCUACAAUAGCUGAUGAGGGAACGUGGACUUUGGAGGAUAGAAAGAUGGUUCGUAUUGUACUUACAAAGACAAAGAGAGAGGCAGCAAAUUGUUGGACUUCUCUUCUAGAAUCUGAAUAUGCAGCUGAUCCUUGGGUGCAAGACCAAAUGCAAAGAAAGCUUACAUUAGAGAGAUUCCAGAAAGAAAAUCCCGGUUUUGACUUCAGUGGAGCAGAAAUCUCAGGGAACUACACGAAAGGUGGACCAGAUUUCUCAAAUCUUGAGAAGUAACUGCCGCUGUUCCGCUGCCUUCUGUGGACUCCGGCAGAUGUUGCCAGUUGGUCAGAGGGACAGACUGUGUGGGGGAAGGAACAUGUGGGUGCCUACAGUUAACUCACUGCAAAAUAUAUUUAAAUACGGUUCUAAAAAUUGCAUUCAAAUAUGACUUAACAUAGGAAACUUUAAAUUCUGUGGGGAAUAUUCUAUUGAUAUAUGGUAACCUUUUUUGGACUUGUUUUUGCUCAGCAUGAAGUUUCAAAUGCUGCAUUUUGCUAGUUUCAUAUUUAAUCUAUAUUUUUAAUACAAAAACAGGUUACAGAUCAUAUGAAAUGACAGGUUGCCUUCAGGGAAAAUUAAGUUUUUUCUUUUAAUAAGUGUAAUAAACUUUUCUAAAUAGGAAUUGUGUACCUCUUUGUCUAAGUAUACCAGUUCAUACAAGGAAAUUAUAUUACUGAAAAGAAUUUUAGAAAAGGAAAAAAAUCUACAAAUCUAUUCAGAGUAAGUUCAUUUUAACAGUUAAUGAAAAUCUCAAUUAGUAUAUUAUUUCUUGAGAGGUCACUUUAUGUCAAGAAAUUAAACAGUUAACUGACAAAAGAUUGGGUGGGGUGAAUAUGGUUAUUGGGCAAGUGCAUUAUGAGGGACAAAAACCAAAUUACGGUCCAUGAUCAUAAAUAGGUGACAUCAUUUUGGUAUUAGUGGUCCAGACAUAGAAGUAAGAAUUGUCUUUGCAUUUUCUUUUAUCCAUUUUAUCUCCUUUUUAAUUUAAAAAUAAAUUUUAAUCUCAAACGUACAGAAAAGUUAGAAGAUGCAGAGUUUUGUUUUGUUUUUUAAUUUUCCUGAACCAUUUGUGUAUGAGUCGAUGAUGUGAUGUCCAGUGAUCUCUGUGUACCUCAGCUUGUAUUUCCUUGGAAGGAAAUGCUCUUUCCUACAUGUAACUACAUGCGACUACAUGUAACUACAAUACAACCAUUCAAAUAAAGAAACAAGCACUGACACAUUAUGACCAGAGAGUCCUCAAACCUUCACUCCGUCAAGGUCAGUUGUCCCAAUAAAGUCUUUUACACCAGGAGGACGCAGUCAGAACCAUGCCUUCACUCUAGUUGCCGCCUGUCUUCAGUCUGCUGAAAUCUGGGACAGGUCCUCAUUUUUCCUUGACUUUUAUGUACGGCCUCGGCAAAUGCCAAGGUUUCAGGCUAUUUUUUUUUUUUUUUAGCAGCAUUUCUCAUUUUGAAUUUUGUCUGGUAUUUCAUUAUUAGAGUCAGGUUUUGCAUCUGUGGCAGGAAUACUAAAGGAGUGAUGCUGUAUCCUUACUGUGUAGUAUCCUGAGUUAAGAAUGUCACUUUGUUCUUUUUCUGAUGGUGAUUACUUAAGUGGUGUCUGCCAGUCUUCGUUGUAAAUCUAUUCUUUACGUUUAUAAUUAAGCACUUUGUGGAAAGUAGUUUCAAAAUACUACCUUGGUUUUCAUCGCACUUUCAUUUUAUUGCAUCUUUAUAGAGUCAUAAUUUUCUACUUUAUUCAGUGGGUUAAAAUCUGUUACUCCUAUUACUUUAAUGCUCAACAUUUUUUCUAGAUUUGGUUUGUGUGAGACCAUUCUAGGAGUCUUCUAUGUCCUUUUGACACGUCCCCAUCAUAAUUUGAGCAAUAUCUUAUUCUGUCACACGGUGUACCAGGCUUAUUAUGCUUUUCCUGCCCUAGCUCAAGAAUCAGCAGUUUUUCCAAGGUAUCUGGUUCUUAGCAGAGAAUGGUUUUUCAAGGUCAAAGUCUUUGUGCCAGUCAGCAGUUGUUGUUGAUGUGUAUAUAGUGCAUACAUUUACCUCUGUCUAUGUGUCAAAAACCGUGAGUUCACUCUUAAACUUGCAUUUCUAAUCUCAUGGGGUCAUUUUUGUUUUCUUUCUAUAUAAUGCCUUUGAACACUCAGUGGAUUCUGUGAUUCUUCAUACAUUGGGCUCCCUAUUCUAGGCCACGACCCCAUGAGUAAAUGCCUCCCUCUGUUUGGGCUCCAGCACCCUAUGCCAAGCAGUGAUAUUCUCACCUCUUUGGACUCUAACCCCCCACUCUGGGCCACUUCAGCUCAGCUGAACUCUUUGGCAAGAUCUGUGUCUCGUUCAGAUUACCCAUUAACUUCAGGAAUGAAUGGUUGGGAAAGGCGUUUUUUCUUUUGAUUGGCUUCUCAUUCUGACAUUAAAAAAACUGUAUAUUUUGAAUUGACAUCCGGUAAAAUAAACUCUUUUUGUUUGUAGUUUAAUAUGUCGAGAGAGAUGUUUCCUCGAAAAUCAGGAGA